CUUAAUGCUUGGGAGCGCAACUAUAUAUAUGUAUAUAUAGGGUAUCUAUAGAUUAGCAAAUUAAAAGUAGAAAAACCAAAGAAUUGAUCUUUGGGAAAUUAAUUAGUGAGUAUGAGGGGGUUGAUGAAGAGCCAUCAGAUUUCAAUUUUCGUGUUCUUUCUCCUCCUUGUGUUUGCUGCUACAUUGCAGGCGGAUAUCGCAGAAUAUGACGCCUAUUUGAAGAAGAAAGCCGAUGAAGCAUUGCAAUCGUCCCUGCAGGCUUACUACCACAAUCCCGAGGAAGUCACGGAUAAUUUCAAUGAGGAAGUUGGAGAUACGAUAAUGAAUUGGACGAAUACUACGAGAAGGCACCUUAGAGGAAGCCAUUGCAAGGCAACAAACUCCAUAGACAGAUGCUGGAGGUGUGAUCAAGACUGGGCAAAGCACAGGAAGAGGCUAGCGUUCUGUGCCCGUGGCUUCGGGAGUGGCACAACUGGGGGACUAAAAGGGCGAUUUUACGUGGUAACCGAUUCAUCGGAUAAAGACAUGGAGAAUCCCAAGCCAGGAACUCUCCGGCAUGCAGUGAUUCAAGAAGAGCCACUUUGGAUCAUCUUCAAGAAAUCCAUGGUGAUUACUCUUAAGCAGGAGCUGAUUAUAAACCAUGACAAAACCAUUGAUGGGCGGGGGGUGUCUGUGCACAUUGCUUAUGGUGCUGGGUUGACCAUACAGUUUGUAAGGAAUGUGAUCAUCCAUGGCAUCAAGAUCCACCACAUUUUGCCCAAAAUGGGUGGCAUGAUCAGGGACUCUGUGAACCAUAUUGGGCUGAGGACGAUGAGCGAUGGAGAUGGUAUCUCCAUCUUCGGGUCCAACCAUGUCUGGCUUGACCAUCUCACCAUGUCCAGAUGCAGCGAUGGCCUCAUCGACGCAAUCAUGGCUUCCACUGCCAUCACCAUCUCAAACUGCAAAUUCAAUCACCACAACCACGUGCUGCUGUUGGGUGCGAGCGACUUGUUUUCAGAAGACGCCAUCAUGCAAGUGACGGUGGCAUUCAAUCGGUUUGGGAAGGGUUUGAUUCAGAGGAUGCCAAGGUGCCGAUGGGGGUUCUUCCAUAUCGUCAACAACGACUACACUAAGUGGGAAAUGUAUGCCAUUGGAGGUAGCUCCAGACCCACCAUUGUGAGCCAGGGCAACAGGUUCAAGGCCUCCAGCAACCCAUUCACUAAGCAGGUGACCAAGAGGGAAAUCGUUUCAAAAAAUGUGUGGAAGAACUGGCAAUGGAGAUCAGAGGGGGAUUUGUUCUUGAAUGGAGCCUACUUUGUAGAGUCCGGGGAAGAGCUCCACCACUACAACAACACUCGUUUCAACAACACCAAUAGGAUCAGACACAGGCCCGCUUCAUAUGUUGGACGCCUCACUCGAACUUCUGGCGCACUAAAGUGCAAGGUCGGCAGAUUUUGCUAAACUACGUACUAUAUGUAGUUGAUUGUUUCCAAAAGGUUGAAUCUCCAAUUUCAAGGAAUAAGGCCCCCACGUCCCGAUCUGACAGAGCACAAAUUAUGGUAACUCAGCUGAACACAGAGGUUAGACAUUUGUUUACUGAGCACAAGGAGGCAAUCUGACAUACUAUACGUUGUUCAAUAAUUAUUCUUGGGAUCAACAUCAACUCCAAAUCUUCUUUUACAGCAAAGCUAAGGAUCGGAUCGGAAGACCAAAAUUAAGAGAAAAAACAUCAUUGUAUAAGUGAGAAAAGAAAUGGCUGCUGUACUGUAACUAUUAUAUAUAUUAACUUCUGUCUCUUUUCUCGUUGUUCUGUUUGGCUUAUUCAAAAGAGAGAUAUAUAUGACAUAUUCUCAAAAUUCCCCAAAACAAAAAUACUUUAUGAAUCUCAUUUCUUGCU